AUGGCCUCACCGAAGUACACUGGCGCGUGCAUGUGCGGCGCGGUCGCCUACACGGUCACGGGCGCGCCGAUGAUGAGCGUGGUGUGCCACUGCCCAUCGUGCCAGAAGGUGUCUGGCUCGGUGUUCACGUCGAAUCUCUGGUGCCAUAAAGACCAACUCGCUAUCACUAAGGGCGCGCGCAGCCUCAGCACCUUCGCCGAUAAGAACACCGACUCGGGCAAGCCCUUCGAGCGCUCGUUCUGUUCGAAGUGCGGCACGCCGCUGUUCGGGACGCCCAUGGUCGACCCGAGCAUCAGGACAGUGAGCACGGGCUCGCUGGAUGCGGAGAGCAGGGCGAGGACGGCACCCACCAAGGAGUUCUACGACCACACCAAGCGUGCAUGGCUGCCGAAGAUCCCCAUUGGUGGCGAUGCGAAGCUCUGA